AAACACGCGCUUUGCCUUCAGUUGUAGUGGUGUGGAUGUGGCCGUCGGGUCGUCGCGUUUAGAGCCAUGCGCGAUCUCGCAAGUAAAAUGGCCGAGUUAAAGUUCGAGGCGCCCCUGGCCCAAUUCGAAGAGACAGACGAGUGGGGCUCCACUGAGUUCCAUCAAAACGGGACUACACAAAAUAUGAAGAAGAACGAAGCUGAUGUUGACAAAGAUCUCAAUUUGAAUAAAAAGAACGCUGCUAAAAUUGGGGAUGUACUCAAAGAAUUUAACGGGGAUAUACUGUUGAAUGAUAACUCAAAUGGGGAACUUGGGGGUGGUUUCAUACAAAACGGUGUCGGAGGAAGAAAAGAUGGUUCGGUUGCUGAUAAUUUUACAGAAACAUUUUCUGGAUCCUUGGAGGAUUUGGUAAAUACAUUUGAUGAAAAGAUAACUAAAUGUUUUGGAAAUUACGAGGAGAGUGUUGAGAAGCUGGCACCGGUUCAAGUUAGGAGUCAAGAGGAGAUCAUGAACGAAUGCCAAAUGUGGUGGACCAUAACAGGAAAUUUUGGAAAUAUUUUACCGAUUGAUUGGUCGAAAUCAUAUGCAAGAAAACUCCACAUGCCUGCUUUGAAUCUAAACGAGAUCAAGGAACCGAUGACACCGGAUGACGACUUAGAAUUAAGCUCUGAGGACGAAGCAGUCGCUAGUGAUUUAGAUAUGCACGCUUUAAUUUUGGGUGGGCUCCAUCAAGAUGCGGAACCACUAAAAACAGCCGAAGAAGUUAUCCAGGAAAUCGACGAUAUGAUGCAAGAAGAAACGUCUUCGUUGGAACGAUCCCCCGGAUCGCGAGACUCUCUAACCGAUCCAAACGAAACCUUGGAGAAAGCUAAAGAGGUGCUAAGUUCCCCAUUAUAUGAAGAAAAAUUAAAAGAUUUAUCACUUUCCCAAUUAAACGAAUUAUUCAUGGAGUUGGAAGUGUUGAUUAGGGAAUUUUCCGAGACGCUAAUAAGCGAAUUGGCUUUAAGAGACGAAUUGGAGUACGAGAAAGAGUUAAAGAACACGUUCAUUUCGUUACUGUUGGCCGUGCAAAAUAAACGGCGUCAAUAUCACGUCGAAAAGAAGCGGAGUUCGAAGAGUAAUGGAGUUCGUUUGUCCAACGGAUUAGAUCCGAAAUAUUUAACGACCGUAAUUCCGUACCAUUUAGAUAGUGGACCAGCUGAUAACCAAACAUUACAAGUUUUAAUUAAAAUUUUGAAAGCUAUUAAUGAAGAUAGUCCAACUGUACCGACUCUUUUAACCGAUUAUAUCUUAAAAGUUAUAUGUCCGACGUAAAUUAAAGAAUAUAAAACAAGGACCAGCAGCUAGUAAAAUGGCAUA